AUGGCGCAACCUGUUGAUUUGAGCACCCGCAAAAGGGUUUUGCGCGUGAUCUUUAUUUCUCUGCUACUGGAUCUUAUUUCCUUCACCUUUAUCCUCCCCCUAUUCCCGAAACUACUAGAGUUCUACCGCAACGCCGAAGCUCCCCUCGACACCGGAGCCCCGCCGUCCAAGACACUGCUCUCGAGUCUGCUCGGCUACCUGAAUGCAUACAAGGCUGCCUUUGCGCGCCCCAUUGACUCCCGAUAUGACAUCGUUUUGCUGGGUGGCGCCCUAGGGAGCUUGUUCUCUCUCCUCCAGGCCAUUGCUUCUCCGAUCAUUGGACGGCUCUCCGACAAAUACGGCCGGCGCAACGCAUUGCUCGCGAGCAUGGCCGGCAAUAUUCUCUCGGUACUGCUCUGGGUAAUGGCGGUGGAUUUCCGGACCUUCUUGGCUUCACGUAUCGUCGGAGGUCUUUCCGAGGGCAAUGUGCAGCUCGCGACUGCCAUUGCGACCGAUAUUUCGGAUGCGAAUAGCCGUGGGUCGACCAUGGCGCUCAUUGGCGCAUGCUUCUCCAUCGCCUUCACGUUUGGGCCAGCCUUGGGCGCCUGGCUUAGCUCCAUUGCCACCGUGGCCGCCAAUCCGUUCGCGACUGCCGCCGGGGUAUCGCUCUUCCUGAUCGUGACCGAGACUGUAUAUCUGUACUUGAGCCUGCCGGAGACUCUUCCCUCGAUGUCCAACACAGCCACCGAGAAGAAAAUGGAACGGGCAGCGGCGGCCCGCCCAGUCCAGCGGACAAAUUCGCACUUCCUCCUCAACCUAGUGCACAUGACCUUCCUCCUCUUCUUCUCAGGCAUGGAGUUCUCGCUCCCGUUCAUGACCUACGACCUGUUCGAGUAUACAUCUGCGCGGAACGGUGGUCUCCUGGGCUACAUCGGCCUGGUAGCUUCCAUCCUACAAGGCGGCGUCACCCGCCGUUUACCUCCCUUGCUCUCCGUCCGGAUCGGCGUGGUAUCCUGCCUCCUCUCCUUUGCUCUUCUCGCCCGUAUCUCCUCCGUGUCUGGGCUUUACCUCGCCGCCACCGGCCUCGCUACCACGUCAGCCACCGUCGUGACCGGUCUCAACGCGCUGAGCAGCUUUGAAGCGAGCGAGGAUGAGAGGGGCGGGAAGUUGGGUAUCCUCCGAAGCUGGGGCCAGCUCGGUCGCGGACUGGGCCCCGUGCUGUUUACGAGCGUGUACUGGUGGGCGGGAAGGGAGAUGGCUUACACGAUGGGCGCUGUGGGAAUUGCGGGUGUGUGCACCCUGACACUAUUGGGGCUCAAGACGCCGCCCGCAUCUUUGAAGCAGAAGAAAGAGCAGGCGACGGAACACGAGAAGAAGGAGCUGUGA